AUGUCGAGUCUCGAGGCAACGGACAACGAGCAGUUUUCGACGCGCGAUUACUGGGAUCGGCGGUAUACCGACCUCAAGGAGGGCGAGGAUACGUUUGAUUGGUUCAAGACGUACGAUGACCUCAAACCGAUCUUUGACGAGCUGAUCCCUUCCAAGGAAGCGCGGAUCUUGAUGCUGGGAUGCGGGAAUAGCACACUGAGCGGCGACAUGUACGCAUCAGGGUACGAGAGGAUAACGAACCUCGACUACUCGGCGCCCCUAAUCGAGAGCAUGAAGCGCAAACACGAUGCGCGCGGACAGACACGCAUGAAGUGGCUCGUCAUGGACGUCACACAGAUGACGAGCGACGACAACCCCGCAGCGCUCUGCUCCACCCACGAGCACGACGAGGAGGAGAAGGAGGGAAGGGGAAAGGGGGAGGGGACGUGGGAUGUGGCCAUCGACAAGGGCACCAUGGACGCCUUUAUGGCGGAAAAGGGGAGCGUUUGGGACCCCAGUCCGCGCGUACGCGCCUUGGUCAAGGGCGAAGUCGACGGUGUACUCAGACUGCUCAAACCAGGCGGUCUCUUCAUCUACCUCACCUUCGGACAACCCCACUUCCGCCGCCCGCUCCUCGAACGGCCAGACGAGUGGGACAUCGAGGUCAAGACGAUUGGCGACAUGUUUCAUUACUACCUCUACGUCUGUCGGAAGCGGAGCGUCUAG